CGACAAUCACUGUCGUGUACUACGCAGUGACAAUCACGAAACGAUGCCGUAUUUUCCUGGUCCAUGGCUGCCACGUCGAAAUGACGAGCAGUCUUAUCCUUUAUAUUGCGCGUCUAUGCUGGCUCUGUUCAAACCUUGGAGAUCGUUGCUCAAUCUCAAGCCCCCUCACUUGACGUUUACCAAAGUCUUUCUCGCAUUUUCCAAAACAGCUUCACCCCAGAUUCUGAAAGCAAUAGACAACAUUCAAUACUUCUAUGAGUGCUCUGAUAAAGCACGGGAAAAUCACAUCGGGAAAGAGUUUGGAACAGCGUGGAGUGAAGCUUCUGAGUGUCAUGACGAAGAGACAGACGAUGCCGAUGAAACUGCAGAUGUAUCCAACUCACCUCCGUUACAUUCCAAUGACACUCAAGUCGACAUAACGGAAGAAGAUAUUGAAAAUGCGAUGAAGGACAAUUACCCUACGCGGGAAUUACUUUACGCUGAUGUCGCCAUCAAUAUUGCUGAAGACUUUGGCAUUUUCAAUGACAUACCCAUGUACACCGCACCACAAGAUGAAGUCCAUAUUUACACGGAAUGGCGAGACAUUGCACUGCAUUCAGAAAAUGCAGAGCGGGUCAAUCCAGCUACAGAACAACUAGAUACCGGCUCUGUACACACUGCAUCUCAAGGUGCCGUCCCUAUCCCUGCUUCGCUCCCGACUGUACAAAUGCAACCUCAACAGCCUGAAGAUCAAAUGUGA